GGGUUAGCCAAUAGUCAGUUAGGUGAAUGGGUGCGGAUAGUUCAUAGGAAUACUAUAUACUAUGAGGAUUCUUUCUCAGUUUCCGUGCAAUUAAGAAGACCGGAGCAGACUAGGGCCUCGCGAAAGAUUGAUCCUGCUCGACGAUCUCUGCUACGACUUCAUUCUGUCGCCGAGGAUCUUUCUUUAUUUUCCCCUUUCUACUCCCGCGAGCUUCCUUCUUGUAAAGUGGACCAAACGGCCUCGCCGUCCUGUUCUCUGUCCCUCUCACUCUCAUUUACCCUUCCCUUGAGGAUGGGCUUUUUCAGAAAGAUAGCUGGAUUAUUAGGGUUUGUAAAGGACGACGUCCACGAAUCCAGAGGUGAAUCCGAUGAUGACAACGAUGGCCAUGCUCCCCCACGCGUCCGUUUCAAAGAAACUGGGAUUCCCCGCAAAGGGUUUGGCGUCAAAGUCGAGGUUCCGGUCGAUCGCCCUCACCUCGGUCCUGUAAUUAUUCCUUCUUCGUCCGGCGACGGGGGAAUUCAGGGUCUGAGGUGGUAUGCUGAGGGCCUUAAGAUGGAUGAAGAUGGAGAUGUAGCUGAUGAAUUCCUUGAUGAGGUUCCUUCGGAGACGUCAGCACCUCAAGUAAGUCAUCAUAAAUUAGUGGCAAAGUUUAAAGUUAAGAACGGUACCAGGCCGGCCAAAGUGAAGGGACAGACCUUACUAGAUGGGAAGCUUCGGCAGUAUGUGGAACACCAAGGCAGAUUGCAGUGGGUAUAAAGAUCUUUCUAGAAGUUGAUAUGGAUCUGGAUUCUUUGGGCUUUAACUGUUGAGUCUAUACAUGCUAUGGGAAUCUGCCAUCAAACUCUAGUCUUUUAAAUGAGCUUUCCAUGAUGGUACCCUUUUGGUGUUUGGUUAAGUUUUAUGUUCCGCCAGUAAUUGGAUUUAUCUGGGAACUGCUGCAUAAAGUCUGUGCAAGUUAAAUGUUCAUGAUAAGGAGGUCGGAGUAUGUUACCCAAGAAACUGAAUUACCUGUCUUGCACAGCCUACGUCAACUGUUCAGUCAGGCGAUUGAGAUGUUUUGGGUUCAGCGAUCACAUAAUGCGGAAAGGUACCUGGGUUAGCGGUAUUAGUAAAACCUUAGUGGACAGCUUCUUAAUAGACUGAGUUUGGAGUUUAAUGCUCUUGGUGUUUUCUAGAUGCAUUGAAAUUGAAGUUUCUUGUGACUCAUCGAGGCAUGGUAGACUGUAUAUUGAAACAUUGUCCAUGUUUGUUACUAUUAUGUUUCUAUGAGUAGUGCGUUCCUUGCUGCAUAUAGUUGGCCUUUUACUGUUUGUAACAACUGAAAUUUAAUGAAGAGAGAGAGUCAAAAUCAGUAGUUUAAAA